UAAAAAACCAUUUGGUCGGAAUAAUCUGUACCACACUUUCCUUCAUUAUAUUCAACAACAGCUAGUGGUUUUAAUGUUGCGAACAAACGAAACGAAAGAUGAUUCUCGAGACCACCACAUGAGCGACUCGCAUUACUAAAAUAUCGAUAGGAACACCUAGCAGAUAACGCUUGAUACUGCUGCACGCGUGGCCUAACGGAGACUUCUUUGAAAACGCACGUGACUGUCAAUGUGUUAACGAUGUGUCGUUUCCAUGUCAUUCUUCUGUUCAGAAUCAUGCCCAGAUAUCUAACGGAAUUUUUGUUUGGAAUUAAAAUAUUAUACCAUAUCUGUGGUACCGCUUUUCCAUAGAGUCGAGAUCUCGCUGGAGAGUAGAGGAGGCGAUUAUCGGGUCUAAGUGGGAUGCUAGUAAAGCAGUAUCAUUAAUAAAUGUCGCUGUGGUUAUCUCUGUUAAACUUAGUAAAUUGGUAGUGUAGAUGAACACUGCCUUAGGAUAUGUCAGCUUCUAUUGGAAAUGUUGUGCUUAUAGCGUCUAAGUAUUUAAUCAUGAACAGCCUAUUGGUUAGAUAUGAUUUUAAGAUGGAGUAGUGGGUGUGUGGUAGGAUUUUCUUUGAAUAAAAGUCUUUUACGCCACACUUUGUCGAACGUCUGCUGAAUGAUCAAAAGAUAGAAUAGUAAAGUUCGGUGAUGAUGCUAUCGCAAAGGAGAACUAUUGCUGGGUGUUAAUCGCCUCACAAUCGGUCGCUGAUGGGUAGGAAUGACUGUUGAACAAUGACCGUUGGAAAAAACCUAACUUUCCCAUUUUUACCUGAUGGAACAAUAAUCGUAAGGAACGUCUCGACUUGAAUAUAUCCCAGAACAAUUAAGAGCCUAAUAGUACAAUAUGAAUGCUUAGUUUUAUGACAGUUCAUUAGGAUUAUUGCGGUCCGACUAAUUAUAUUUACACAGAUAAUGAUCGCCUCGACCAAGAAAUGGAUUCUGGUUUACGCAAAAGUUAUCGGACAUAACAAAUACAUUAAUUAUAUAUUAAUAGACUUGUAAAUGUUUGUGGAGUUUCGUAUUUUUAUGAAGUUCCAUAUAAAUGAAAAUUUAUUUUGCACUCGUAGAACAAAAUAUCAUAGCGAGUGUUUCAUCUUAGAUAUUCAUGAAUUUUGAAUUGCUGUAAGUAAUUUUUACCAUAUACGACGGCCCUAAAAUGUGAACGAAGACCGGUUCAAAGUAGGAAGUUUACGAUAAAACCAUCAGAAUUUCGGAUGACCCGAGGCAAAUUUCUAACAACAUUAACUAGCUAUCGAUAUAAGUAGGCCAUUCGACGUAUCGUAAACCUUGUCACCGAGGCCCGAUACAGGUAACCGUUAAGUGAUCGGGGUGCGUACACCCCCUUAAUACUCACCCUCCCUCGUUUCGCAGUAGCAUAGUGACGUCGACUUUCGGAUAAAGAAUAUCCGACCAAAGAGAGAGUAGACGCCAAUAUUUCCCUCUACAUAAGAAAUAAGGGUGACAAGUCUCCAAAGUAAUUGUAUUACCAUGAAACAUUCCGCAAAGUAUUGUCUAGCUUGUGACCCACAGGAUCUCUUGUGAUACAGGAUCUCCCGUUAGCCUUCUCACGGGGGCGACUAGAACUCUUCCUUACCCACCACACUCUUCCUUCACCAAUUAAAUGCAAUGACUGUUGCCCUCACUUUCCCAGCCAAACUGCCAUCUACGAAUCCAAGGGCCUCGUGCAUUAGACACACCCAUCCAAUAGCUUUCUUGAGCCACAACACCAUCACCGAAAUUCAUUGGUUCAUCAUCCUUAGAUUAGUAAACAUCUCCAGACUGAUUUUCUGUUCAUUGAUCAAUCGGAAGUCUAACUUAUAUCUACACGUACAGCGCGUAACUGUCUAUAUAUAGGAAGUUGUUGAAAUAAAGUGAAUAUUUUAAUUCAUUAAUCAAGUUUUAUCAUUAGUGUAACCAUUUUUGAUCAGUUUUCCUGUGAGGCCUAUUUAAAAUGGCCUUAUUAACGCUAUACUGCGCUCUGUGUGGCAUCCUCAUCGUUUCGUCCCUGACGGUUGCCGCUUAUCUGUUCUUAAUGUGGAGAUACAAUUACUGGUCUAAACGAGGAAUCAUACAACUUAAACCUACGCCCUUCGUAGGCAACUUCAUGGACUGCUUACUGUUAAAAAAAUCGAGCGCACAAUUUCUCAGUGAUGCGUACAAUUAUGGCGAAGGUUUUCCAUUGUUAGGAUUCUACAUCUUCCACAAACCUUGCCUGCUAGUUCGCGAUCCAGAAUUCGCGAAACACGUUCUAGUGAAGGACUUCGAGUAUUUCGCUGACAGGUACGCGACUGCAGAUGAGAACAAUGAUCGUCUUGGAUACGCAAAUAUGAUACUGAUGAAAAAUCCAGCAUGGAAAUCUCUUAGGCCAAAAAUGACGCCGAUUUUUACUCCGGGAAAGCUAAAGAAAAUGUUCGUGUUAAUGGCGAUGGUCGCUGACGACCUUGGAAAGUAUCUCGAUUCGUUCCAUUUGGAGGGCGAUGGAAAAGCAAUGGAGUUCAAGGAUAUUUGCGCGAGCUUCGCCACCGAUAUAAUCAGUGGCAUUGCGUUUGGCUUAAAAGUAGGUUCGUUGGAGAAUCCAGAAGCACCAUUCCGUGAAUGUGGCAGGAGGAUCUUUGAUUCUAAUUCCGAACGUAACAUGGAUUUCCUUACCAUAACCUUCAUGCCUCAGUUAUCCAAGUUUCUCAAACCGAAGUUCUUUGGAAAAAAAGCGACUAACUUCCUCCGAUCUGUUUUCUGGGAUAUGAUUGAACAACGGGACAAUUCGGGUCAAAAGAGAAAUGACCUCAUUGAUGUGCUGACAGAGAUCAGGGAGACAUACAAAAACGACGAAAGGUUGAAGAAUUACAGAUUCGAUGGUGAAGAUUUAGUGGCACAGGCGGCCAUAUUUUUUGCUGCUGGUUUUGAAACAUCUGCUGCUACCAUGUCUUUCACACUGUAUGAACUUGCAUUAAACACAGAUAUACAGAAAACGCUUAGGGCAGAGAUUCACGAUGCUCUGGAGGAAAAUGAUGGCAAAAUCACAUACAACAUGAUUACGACGCUACCAUACCUCGAUAUGGUAAUUUCUGAAACUCUUCGUAAAUAUCCAUCUGUACCAAACUUGAAUCGAGUUACCCUCGCCGAUUACAAAGUACCUGAUUCCGAUCUGGUGAUACAGAAAGGCACUCCAAUAUUCAUUUCGAUAGUGGCUUUGCAUUACGAUUCGCGGUACUUCCCAAAUCCGGAAAAAUACGAUCCACUCCGAUUUACCGAGGAAGCCAAAAGUAACAGGCCAAGUUCCGCCUACCUGCCUUUUGGUGCGGGACCCCGCAUCUGCCUUGGUAUGCGAUUGGGACUCAUGCAAGCCAAACUUGGAGUCGUACAGAUUUUGAAGGACUACGAAGUUUCACCUUGUGAAAAGACCAAAAUUCCAAUAGUUCUAGAUCCCAAUGCAGUAAUCUCGACAGCUUUAGGAGGAGUACAUCUCAACAUUCGAAAGACUACGACUGCUGUUAAAUUUUUCGCAAAUGGCACUUUGUCAGCAAGCAAUGAAUCAGCGGUAAAUUUCACAAGAGAGGGGAGACUACAAAUGAGACGUAUAUACCAUCACAGCCGACAAUGCAAAGCUCACUCUCGUAAUGGACAUUACAAGCUUCGAAAAUAUUUUCUUAUUUUAUUUGGUAUCUGCUACCUUAUAGUGUUUGUGACGAAGUAUUUGUUUCAUAGCGGCUCUUUUAAAAUGGCCUUGUUAACGCUAUACUGGAGUCUGGAUGGCAUCUUCAUCUUUUCGUCUGUGAUGAUUGUCGCUUAUCUCUACAUGACUCGUAAAUUCAACCACUGGUCGAAACGAGGAAUCACAGAGCUUGCACCUACGCCUUUCGUAGGAAACUUCAUGGACUGCCUCCUAUCAAGAAAAUCGGGUUCAAUGUUUGUCAAGCACGUAUACGAUUGCGGCGAAGGUUUGCCUUUAUUAGGAUUCUACGUCUUCGACAAACCUUACCUGUUAAUUCGCGAUCCAGAACUCGUGAAGCACGUCCUAGUGAAAGACUUCGACUAUUUCCCUGAUAAGUACGCGACUGCAGAUGAGAAAGGUGAUCGGUUUGGAUACGCAAAUGUGGUCCUGAUGAAAUAUCCGGGAUGGAAAUCUCUUAGGCCAAAAUUGACACCGGCUUUUACCCCGGGCAAGCUGAAAAAAAUGUUCCAUAUAAUGUUGUUAGCAGCUGACGAUCUUGGAAAGCAUCUCGAUUCGUUGGAUUUGGAGGGCGAUGGAAAAGUAGUCGAGUUCAAGGAUAUUUGCGCGAAUUUCACCACCGAUAUAAUCGGUAGCACUGCGUUUGGCUUAAAACUAGGUUCGUUGGAGAAUCCAAAAGCACCGUUCCGCGAAUAUGGCAGGAAGAUCUUCCAUUCUAGUUUCCAUCGUAACAUGGAGUCACUUAUCAUAUCUUUCACGCCUCAGUUAGCCAAGUAUCUCAAACCGAAGUUCUUUGGAGAAAAAGCGACUAACUUUCUCCGAUUUGUUUUCUGGGAUGUGAUUGAACAACGAGUUAAUGGCGGUCAAAAGAGGAAUGAUCUCAUCGAUGUGCUAAUCGAGAUCAGGAAAACAUACAAGAACGAUGAAAAUUUGAAGGUUUACAACUUUGAUGGUGACGAUUUAUUGGCACAGGCGGCCAUAUUAUUUGCUGCUGGUUUUGAAACAUCUUCUACUACCAUGUCUUUUACAUUGUACGAACUUGCAUUGAACCCAGAUGUACAGAAGAAACUUAGGGCAGAGAUUCAGGAUGCCCUAGAGGAAACUGGUGGCAAAAUCACAUACGAUAUGAUUACGACGCUACCAUACCUCGACAUGGUAGUUUCUGAAAGUCUUCGUAAAUAUCCAGCUGUAGCAUACAUGGAUAGAAUUUCCCUUGCCGAUUACAAAGUGCCAAAUUCCGAUCUGGUGAUAGAGAAAGGCACCCCAAUAUUCAUUUCGAUAAUGGGUUUGCACUAUGAUUCGCGGUACUUCCCGAAUCCGGAAAAAUACGAUCCACUCCGAUUUACCGAGGAAGCCAAAAGUAACAGGCCAAGUUUCGCCUAUUUGCCCUUUGGUGGGGGUCCCCGCGGUUGCAUUGGUAUGCGAUUGGGACUCAUGCAAUCCAAACUUGGAGUCGUACAGAUUUUGAAGGACUACGAAGUUUCACCUUGUGAAAAAACCAAAAUUCCAAUUGUCCUAGAUCCCCAAGGAAUCAUUACAACAGCUUUAGGAGGAGUACAUCUCAACAUUCGAAAGAUUACCACUGCUGCUGGUUAAACGAAGCUAAAGUUUUACAAAUCGCUUGUGAUAAUUUAAGUAUAUUGUACUAUUGGGGAAAUUCAACAAAGAACAUCGCUACUUCUUUCUCGGGAGAAAUGAAUCUUCAGAUAUUAAAUACACUUUAAAAUUGUAAUCGUAAAUAUCUAAAUAUUGUGAUUUGAAAUAUCUUAAAAUAACGAAACUUGUUUAGUGUUAAUUUUAAUAUGAAUGUAAUGUUCAAUAAUACGAUAUCUUAUAUACUGUCUUUAUUUA